AUGCCACAAGCCACGACCACCGAGACCGAGACCGCAACCGAGACUUCGACCGCCACGGCGAUUGAAACGACCACUUCCACUAUCACCGCUUACGCAGUCGCAACCACGAUCGCCUCCAACGGCGUCCAAUACCGCAAGUACACCCACACCUUCAACGCCAACAACGGAGAUGGAGGCUUCACAUCCACCUACUUCAAAAGCCGCACCGCCGACUUCAGCGGCGCCCUAACCUCCCUCUCCUUCUCCACCCCCAACUGGCCAAGCGGCAGCUCGACCCUCACCCUCUCCGACGGCCGCUCCUUCGUCUCCGACCAGGCCGCGCUCCUCCUGCAGGGCUUCUUCAUCGCCAAAGAAACGGGCACUUACACGUUCUCAUCCUCCGGCAACGACGUCGAUAACUACGGGUAUGCGUGGUCGGGCGAUAGUGCGUAUAGCGCGUGGGAUGAUACCAACGCGGGGUUUAAGUCUUCGCGGACGGCUGCUGCGUAUAUCUCUGGAACGACCUCUCUGGUUAUGAAUGCGGGUGAUGCAGUUCCGUUCACGUAUUUGUGGGCGAACGGUGGGGGCGUUGGACAGAGUAAGGUGUACAUCAGGAGUCCGAGUGGGCAGACGACGACGAACUCUGCGGGAUACUUUGUUCAGGCUUGUAGUAGCGAGGUGUUUGUGUAG